UUCUUCAACAAAGACCAGAGCUUUGGUUGAAGAUUAAGUGUUGAAGCCACUAAGUAGUAAUCAUAACUUAAAAGGAAUCAGCGGAAAAGAGACCAAUAAAGUAGCGAAUUGGGUUUUGUAUGGGUGACAGACCUGAAACCCGGUUUUGUUUCGGCUUCUACUUUAAAAUUCACGAGACCCCAGAAUCUCUUUUGCUUCGUAAGGAGAUUUUCGGUCGAUAAAUCGAUCUGGGUCUGUUUCAAGUUGAGAAAUUUUGGUGACCUAGAAGCUUAGUUGUUCUGAAUAAAAGCAUGGUUUCUCUGUCAAGCACAGGGGUAUCUCCUCUGAUUAUACCUGGUGAUUCUCUCCGGUCUAUUCGGUUCGGAAGAACAAUGCUUCAUAGCGGUUCUAGGCAGAAGAAAGUGCAGGAGAAGAUCAUUUGUUCUUGCAUGGCGCCUCCGCAGAACUUGAGGAAUGAUGGGUCCUUUGCUACCAAAUUCAAUGAUUCAUUUAAGUCAGGUGAGUUGAGCAGAGUUCGGGAGCCUGAUCAUGAUGAUUCUGAUGUUCUAAUUGAGUGUAAAGACGUACAUAAAUCAUUUGGAGAGAAGCAAAUAUUGAGAGGUGUGAACUUCAAGAUUAGACAUGGUGAAGCUGUUGGGAUAAUUGGGCCAUCUGGUACUGGGAAAUCUACGAUUUUAAAGAUUAUUGCAGGACUUCUAGCCCCAGACAAGGGGGAGGUUUACAUUCGAGGCAGAAAGAGAGCUGGUUUGAUUAGUGAUGAAGAGAUAUCUGGGUUACGAAUUGGAUUGGUUUUCCAAAGUGCGGCACUUUUUGAUUCUCUCACCGUUCGUGAAAAUGUUGGUUUCCUUCUGUAUGAGAACUCAAGCAUGCAUGGUGAUCAAAUUUCAAAGCUUGUGACGGAAAGCUUGGCUGCUGUUGGAUUAAAGGAUGUUGAGGAAAGAAUGCCUUCUGAAUUGUCUGGUGGAAUGAAAAAACGAGUUGCAUUAGCACGAUCGAUUAUUUGUGAUACUACAAAGAAAGCUAUAGAACCAGAGGUUCUUCUAUACGAUGAACCUACUGCUGGGCUUGAUCCUAUCGCAUCUACUGUUGUUGAAGAUCUCAUCCGAUCCGUCCACAUGAAAGGUGAAGAUGCAGUUGGGAAGCCUGGAAAUAUUACAUCAUACGUGGUUGUCACUCACCAACAUAGUACAAUCGGAAGAGCUGUUGACAGGUUAGUAUUUCUUCACGAGGGGAAGAUUGUUUGGGAAGGGAUGACUCAUGAAUUCACAACGUCAACAAAUCCAAUUGUCCAACAGUUUGCAUCCGGGAGCUUGGAUGGCCCAAUUAAAUACUAGCACUGGCGAAUUGAGUCGGUGGUGAAGUUGUUAGUAGUCAUCCACUUCGAUUCCUGAAUACUGAAAUCAGAAAUGAUAAAGUUGGAGGGAGCUAGCCUUUUUGCAUGCUCAACAAGAAAUUCGAGUUCAAGCUAUCGAAUUCUUGAUGCUUGAUGAGAAAAACCACAUUUUUAGGGUGCUAACUCGAUUCAGAAAGAGCCUGCUGAAUCGACAUUAUACAUAGAAUUUGUUGUAUUCUUACGCCUGGUAGAUCUAUUUUACCAUUUGAUAUUGUUAGUUACAGUUAAGAUGAACUUUUCUUUCUUUGAACUGUAGCUCUAAAUGUAUGAAUUUUCGCAACAACUUUUCACAUAUGAUAAUCUUGUCAAUGAAAAACAGUUGCAUGAAAAUAAGGAUAAAGGGUCAAAUAAACGGCCAAAGUUUUUUCUUCA